AGUCGAUCAAUUGUAAAUCGUACAUCUUUGUUGUUGUUGGAAUACACAGGUUAUAAAUACUCUGGUAAAAAUGACAGAAAUUUCGUUCUCUAGUCGUGCAUACUGUAAGAUUAUUUUACACACGGCUAAGUAUCCACACUGUGCAGUAAAUGGGUUACUGUUAGCCAAGCAAAAAAAUAGAAUUGACGGUAAAUUCACAGAAAUAUGUAUCGAGGAUGCGAUUCCACUGUUUCAUAUCUGCCUUCAUGUCUCACCUCUGGCGGAAAUUGCUUUGGCUCUGGUUAAUUUCCAUGCUAAGAGUGAAGGUUUAGUGAUAGCAGGUUAUUACCUUGCAAAUGAAAAUAUAAAUGAUGUGAGUAUAGAUAAACCUGCUCACAGAAUAGCAGACUGGGUAGCAGAAAAUUAUGGCAAUACUCUCCUUGUUGUAGUAGACAACAAAGAGUUACGACCUAGUAUGAAUUUGAAUCCCUUGAAAAUUUCACAAUAUGUAGAUGGAAAAUGGAAGCCCAAGGCUACAACAGAUGUAUCUUACGAGAAGGGUGUGACACAUACAGAUGUUUUAUAUUCUUUACUAAAAGCGGAAGAGUAUAGAAAUCUGUAUGAUUUCGAUAAUCAUUUGGAUGAUGUUACACUUAAUUGGCAAAAUUGCAAGCUAAAUAAAACUAUAGAACAAGCUAUGGAGAAAUAUAAAUGAAGCGAUUUAAAUAAAACCUGACUUUUUGUGAAUAAGUUAGAUUUUAAAUGCGUGUAGAAACAUUUUAUAUAAAUAAACUGAUAAAUAGGAA